CCCUGUUCGUCCCGUUCGCCCAGCUCCGAGUCCCCGUCCGACAGUCCCUCCGCCGCCGGAGCUCCUCCGCCACCCCCGCCGUUAUCGCCGGUCCCCUGCCGCCCUCUUCCCCGCACGAGCCCGCCGUACCUUUCUGUACUCUCCUCCGCGCGGCCCCGUCCAUCCUUCUCUUAGGCUCCCGAAUCCUGAUUCCUGAAUCCUGUAAAGAGGGGAGAGGGGAGAGCAGUGAACCCGUCACUCCCGUCUUCCCCGCCGAGGCGGCGCGCCGUCACCGCUUCUCCGAGCAACCUUCACCCACACUCCUCCCAGACCUCCACAGCCCUAUCCUUCAUCGUAUUCUCCACAAAUCCUCUCAAUCGAAGCUGCUUAUUGCCAUCACACCGCCGCCAUUGUUUGUAUCCAUCCUCCCCUAGCAUGGUGGCUCUACGGUGCGGUGGAAGCGCCGCCGCACACAUGUCGGCGCAUAGAAUAACGGCUCCUCGGAGCGGAGAUGGUCGCAGCGCCAUCCUUCCCAUGCGUGCCGGGAUCAGGGAGCUUCCCCUGAGGGCUUCCUUGUCACCGUCCUCGGUGUCUCCACGGACAGUGCGCUGCUCCGUUUUUCGUCGUCGUCGCACGGGGGGACAUUGCUUCCAGAAUAGGGGAAUGACUGAGGGAUGGGAGGCGCUGAAGGCGGCGACGGCCGACAUGUUCCGCCCCCUGCUCCUCAACAUUUCCGACAUGCGCUCUCUCAACACAGUUUACGACCUCGAAGACUACCAGAUUGGCAUGCUCUUUGGUGUUUUUGCUGGACUCGUUGGUGUUUACCAACUGUGGAGGGCAGCCCCUCCCAUCUUCGUUGAUGCUGCUCUUGGCUACAUCAUAUAUAAGCUCAGUGUCAUAUCAUCGGAACUGCAUCGGCUGCGCAAAUCCAACAGUUUAAUUAACCGACUGAAAUUUGGGUUCUUGCUUUUCAUGGCCCUUAAGGAUUUCAAGAAUAAAUAUGUACUUCUUGAUAUUAUCAGGUUGCCACUUUUCUUUCUGAACGUUGGUACAUUCAUGUUCGACGUGGCGGGACUGAAGAAGUAUGGAAGGCGAGUUCUGAUUUCUUUUGUUAAUCUAUUGAAAAUGAGAGGCGGAAUAAAAGAAAUAUUCAGGAUUGUGUGGUAUCCUGGCUACGUUUCUCCAUAUGAUGAUUCUUUUGGCCGGAGAUGAGCCUCAGGGGUCGGUCUGUUAUGAGACCUCUAUGUGAAGACUUGAUGUAAGGCAGGUUUAGAAGUUAUGAACAUUCUUGUUAAAAACUAAAUGCCGGAUGUAGGGGAGGUGUUAUGUAAACCUGAAAAUGAAAUUCGAACACAAGGAUAAAUGCAGUAUUUCUUUCACCGCA